CACUGGGCCAGUCAGCAGCAGGAUCAGGAUGAGAAGAUGGCUGGCUGUGUGUUUCCAAUGGGACCAGAGAGCUUUCAGCGCUUCACGCCGGACUCCCUGGCGGCCAUCGAGCAGCGCAUCGCCCAGGAGCGGGCACGACGCAACAAACACUACCAGGAGGACCUGGGUGACGUGGUGCUCCCCCGGCGCCGGCCCGACCUGGAGGCAGGGAAACAGCUGCCGCGAAUCUUUGCCGACAUCCCGUCUCAUCUGGUUGGCGUUCCCCUGGAGGACAUCGACCAGUACUACUUCAAAGGCAAGAGGACCUUCAUAGUCCUGAACAAAGGGAAGGCCAUCUUCCGCUUCAAUGCCACGUCCGCUCUCUACAUCUUCAGUCCCUUCAACCCCAUCCGCAGAAUCUCCAUCAAGAUCCUGGUUCAUUCAUUAUUCAGUCUGUUCAUCAUGUGCACCAUCCUGACCAACUGCUGCUUCAUGGCCAUGUCAGAACCGGCGUACUGGGCCAAGUACCUGGAGUACACCUUCACAGGUAUCUACACCUUCGAGUCGUUGAUAAAGAUCUUGGCGAGGGGGUUCUGCGUGGGGCCCUUCACCUUCCUGAGGGACCCCUGGAACUGGCUCGAUUUCAGCGUCAUUGUCAUGGCAUAUGUCACUGAGUUUGUGGACCUGGGUAAUGUGUCAGCCUUACGGACGUUCAGGGUGCUGCGAGCGCUCAAAACCAUCUCUGUCAUCCCAGGCCUGAAGACGAUCGUGGGCGCUCUGAUCCAGUCGGUGAAGAAGCUGGCGGACGUGAUGAUCCUCACCGUGUUCUGCCUGAGCGUCUUCGCCCUCAUUGGCCUGCAGCUGUUCAUGGGGAACCUGCGGCAGAAAUGUGUCCGCAACACGGCACACUGCCUCAACGACAGCAUGUCCGCCAAUGCCUCCUUCCUCUGCAACAACAAGACCUGGGCGUCGCUGCACGACUUCAUCAGCGAUGAGGACAACUUCUACAAAGUGGAGGGAGCCAAGGAUGCCUUAAUCUGUGGGAACAGCAGCGACGCAGGGAAGUGCCCGGAUGGUUUUGACUGUCUGAAGGCGGGCAGGAAUCCAAACUACGGCUACACCAGCUUCGACAGCUUCGGCUGGGCCUUCCUGUCUCUGUUCCGCCUCAUGACGCAGGACUACUGGGAGAACCUCUAUCACCAGACGCUGCGUUCUGCAGGUAAGACCUACAUGGUGUUCUUUGUGGUGGUGAUCUUCCUGGGCUCCUUCUACCUGGUGAACCUGAUCCUGGCCGUAGUGGCGAUGGCGUACGAAGAGCAGAACCAGGCCACCAUCGCUGAGGCCUGCCAGAAGGAGCGCGAGUUUCAGGUUGCCAUGGAGAGGCUGAAGAAGGAGCAGCAGGGUGCUGCGCAGAAGCUUCUGGACUCGGACUCAAUGAUGUCACCGGAUUUGUCCCCGUUCGUCCUCCCAUUGGACGGAUCGGAGGAGAGGAGGCGGAGCCAGGCGCUGGUGGGCGUGGGCGACGUGGAGGCCAACCUAUCAGAGGAGAAGCUACUGCAGGUGGACUUGAUGGAGGGGGGAAAGCCCCUCCACCCCCUCCUGGGCCGCUCCUUCUCCUCCAGGACGCGGAGGAGCAGUCAGGUGUCCUCCAUCUUCAACUUCCGCCUGCGGAGUCGGGGGUCAGAAGGGGAGAUGGCUGACGAUGAGUACAGCGUGCCGGGGGACGUGACGGAGGGCGUGGGGGGGCGCACCUACAGCGGUGGCACCUUCAGUGGCAUCCUGCCCCACCCCUGGCCCAAACGCAGGCCGAGCACCUACAGCAACGCCAGCAGGAACUCCCAGGUAUUUUAUCCAACUUUAAACGUCAACGGGAAGCUGUUUGUGGCCAUGGACCAGAACGGGGUUUCCCCCCCACCUCUGCAAGGGCAGCUGCCCGCCUGCACCAUGGAGAAGGUCAAGGAGGAGAGUGUCCCCACCUCCACCACGGAGCUCAGCACCAUGCUGUUACCUCGCCCUUCGUCCAUGCAGGGCUCUGUGCAGAGAGGGAGGGCUCUCAGUGCGGCCAGCUACCUCACCGACGCCAUGGAGGAGCUGGAGGAGGCCCAUAAGAAGUGCCACCCGUGCUGGUACGUGUUCGCCCACAAGUACCUGGUGUGGGAGUGCUCCCCCUCCUGGCUGAGGCUGAAGCAGCUGGUGAACAUCAUGGUGAUGGACCCCUUCCUAGACCUGGCUAUCACCGUGUGCAUCGUCCUCAACACGCUCUUCAUGGCCAUGGAGCACUACCCCAUGACCGACGAGUUCAACGGCAUGCUGAGCAUCGGCAACCUGGUGUUCUCGGGGAUCUUCACAGCAGAGAUGUUGCUGAAGAUCAUCGCUCUGGAUCCAUAUUAUUACUUCCAGACGGGCUGGAACAUCUUCGACAGCAUCAUCGUCUGCCUCAGCCUGAUGGAGCUCGGCCUGUCGGACGUGGAGGGGCUCAGCGUGCUCCGCUCCUUUAGACUGCUUCGUGUUUUUAAGCUGGCCCGCUCAUGGCCGACACUCAACACCCUGAUAAAAAUCAUCGGUAACUCCAUGGGCGCUCUGGGAAACCUGACGCUCGUCCUCGCCAUCAUCGUCUUCAUCUUCGCCGUGGUCGGCAUGCAGCUGUUCGGCAAAAACUACCAGGACUGUGUGUGUAAGAUCUCGAAGGACUGCACCCUCCCUCGCUGGCACAUGAAGGACUUCUUCCACUCCUUCCUCAUCGUCUUCAGGGUGCUGUGCGGCGAGUGGAUAGAAACCAUGUGGGACUGCAUGGAGGUUGCCGGGCAGCCGCUCUGCUUACUCGUCUUCAUGCUGGUCAUGGUCAUUGGAAACCUGGUGCUGCUGAACCUCUUCCUGGCUCUGCUCCUCAGCAGCUUCAGCUCUGAUAACCUUUCGGCUCCGGACGAUGACGGAGAAAUGAACAAUCUGCACAUUGCCAUCCAUCGGAUCACAAGAGGACUGGCCUGGUGCCGCAGACAGGUUAUAGAUUUUUUCAACGGGAACCUGAAGCGUCGACGUCAGAAGAGGAAAGAAGCCAAAGCCAUGAUGAAGCUCAAACGCCUAAGCACCAUCCACACCGAAGCCAAUGGAGCCGUCAUAGGCCGUCAUGUGGAGAAGUACGUUGUUCCGGAGGAAGACAGCUACAUGACAAACCCCAAUCUCACCAUCAGCGUCCCCAUAGCCCCCGGGGAGUCAGACGUGGAGUUCCCCGAAGAGGAGGAGGAGGAUGAGGGCGAGGAAGGGGAUGAGGACCAGAGCGAGGGCUCCGAGGAAGAGGAGGAGGAGGAGGAGAGGGAAGAGGAGAAAGAUGUAAUCAGCCAGUCAGAGGGCAGCACAGUGGACCUGAGGAAGCCCGGCGAGGAAGAGGACGAAUACUCUGAGAUGGCUGAGGAAGCCAUGGAGCCCGAGAACUGCUUCCCUGACUUCUGUACGUCCAGGUUCAGGUGCUGUGACGUGGAUACGAGUGGGGGCUCGGGACAAAACUGGUGGAGGCUGAGGAAGACGUGUUUUCAGAUCGUAGAGCACAGCUGGUUCGAAUCCUUCAUCAUCUUCAUGAUCCUGCUGAGCUCCGGAGCCCUGGCCUUUGAGGACAUCUACAUCGAGCAGAGGAAGGUGGUGAAGGUGGUGCUGGAGUACGCUGAUAAGAUCUUCACCUACAUCUUUAUUCUGGAGAUGCUCCUCAAGUGGCUCGCUUACGGCUUCAAGAAAUACUUCACCAACUACUGGUGCUGGCUGGACUUCCUCAUCGUAGACAUCUCAGUGUUGGGUCUGCUGGCUCAGUUCCUGUCUUUGGACCACCUCUCCACCAUGCGGGUGCUGAAGACCCUCAGGGCCCUGCGUCCUCUCCGGGCCGCGUCCCGUCUCGCUGGUAUCAGGGUGUCGUUGGUCAGUAUGGUGGCCAACACUUUGGGUUACUCAGAUUUCGCCGCCAUCAAGUCCCUGCGGACUCUGCGCGCGCUGCGGCCCCUCAGAGCCCUCUCCAGAUUUGAAGGCAUGAGGGUGGUGGUGAACGCUCUGAUCGGGGCGAUCCCCUCCAUCAUGAACGUGCUGCUCGUUUGCCUCAUCUUCUGGCUCAUCUUCAGCAUCAUGGGCGUCAACCUGUUCGCCGGCAAGUUCGGACGCUGCGUCAACCGCACGGGUCACAUCUACGAGUCGGCCUUCAUCAACAACAAGUCCGAGUGCAAGGCGCUCAACGACACCUCGCUCUACUACUGGACCAAGGUCAAGGUCAACUUCGACAACGUGGGGGCGGGGUACCUGGCGCUGCUGCAAGUGGCAACCUUCAAAGGCUGGAUGGAUAUCAUGUAUGCAGCGGUGGAUUCACGAGCUGUGGAGGAGCAGCCCAUCAAAGAGAUCAAUCUGUACAUGUACCUUUACUUCGUCAUCUUCAUCAUCUUCGGCUCCUUCUUCACCCUCAACCUCUUCAUUGGAGUCAUCAUUGACAACUUCAACCAGCAGAAACGAAAGUUAGGAGGACAGGACAUCUUCAUGACGGAGGAGCAGAAGAAAUAUUAUAACGCCAUGAAGAAACUCGGCUCCAAAAAACCACAGAAACCCAUCCCCAGACCUACGAACUCUGUGCAGGGCUUCUUCUUCGACCUGGCGGGGAAGCAGGCCUUCGACAUCAUCAUCAUGGUGCUGAUCCUCUUCAACAUGAUCACCAUGAUGGUGGAGACGGACGAGCAGUCCCCACAAAUGGAGUACAUCCUGAACAAAAUCAACCUGGCCUUCAUCAUCGUCUUCACCUUCGAGUGCUUCGUCAAGAUUGUGGCGCUGCGCUGCUACUUCUUCACCGUCGGCUGGAACAUCUUCGACUUCGUGGUCGUCAUCCUCUCCAUCGUCGGUAUCGUUCUUGCGGACAUCAUUGAGAAGUACUUUGUGUCACCAACGCUGUUCCGAGUGAUCCGGUUGGCCCGUAUCGGACGUGUUCUGCGGCUCAUCCGAGGCGCUAAGGGCAUCCGGACGUUAUUGUUUGCCCUCAUGAUGUCCCUCCCUGCGCUCUUCAACAUCGGGCUCCUCCUCUUCCUUGUUAUGUUCAUCUACGCCAUUUUUGGCAUGGCGAACUUUGCCUACGUGAAGCGCCAGUCAGGCAUCGAUGAUAUGUUCAACUUCGAGACAUUUGGGAACAGCAUGAUCUGUUUGUUCCAGAUCACCACCUCCGCGGGGUGGGACAGCCUCCUGAGCCCCAUCCUCAACAACUCGCCCGAGGAGUGCAACGCCAGCAUCCCCCACACGGGCACCACCGUGAAGGGUAACUGCGGCAACCCAUCGGUGGGCAUCACCUUUUUCGUCACCUACAUCAUCAUCUCCUUCCUCAUCGUGGUGAACAUGUACAUCGCCAUCAUCCUGGAGAACUUCAGCGUGGCCACGGAGGAGAGCACGGAGCCGCUGAGCGAGGACGACUUUGAGAUGUUCUAUGAAGUUUGGGAGAAGUUCGACACCGAGGCCACGCAGUUCAUCGAAUAUGCCAAGUUGUCCGAUUUUGCAGACACGCUGUCAGAGCCUCUGCGCAUCAGCAAGCCUAAUAAGAUCAAACUAAUCUCUAUGGACCUUCCCAUGGUCAGCGGGGAUAAGAUCCACUGCCUGGACAUCCUCUUUGCAUUCACAAAGCGCGUCCUGGGCGAGUCAGGCGAGAUGGACGCCCUAAAGCAGCAGAUGGAGGAGAAGUUCAUGAUGGCAAACCCAUCCAAGAUCUCCUACGAACCGAUAACAACGACUUUGAGGCGAAAACAGGAAGACGUGUCGGCCGCCGUGAUCCAAAGGUGCUACCGGAGGCACCUGAUUCGGCGGCAGCUGAAGGCCGCCUCUUACUUAUACCGCCAGAUCACGACACCUCGGCACGCGGGGGGUGAAGCAGAAGAAGGAAGCGAGGGGGUGUUGGUGGACGACGCACCUGAGAAAGAAGGGUUGAUUGCCACCAUGAUGAGGGAAAACUAUGGCUCGAGUUUAUUAGCAAUGGAGUGCUCUGAGACUAUUUCCGCAACCUCCUCCCCGCCAUCCUACGACAGUGUGACGCGAGCCACAUCGGAGAUAUUUCACCCGCUCGCCGCCAAGACAGAAACUAUUGCCAUUGACACCCUGGACAGCGAACCAAGCGAACGAUUACCGUCGUUGGACAGACAGCAGGACACCGUACCAUAGCGCGAAGCAAAUUGCAAAAAAAUCCUAGUUUUGGGUUCGUCCUUUGUUUACUGAAUGUACCAUAGCUGAGAAACGCUGAGGAAGGCGGCAAAAAGGGGAGCUAGGAGGAGUUGCUUAAAAGAACAAAGAGGAAUAUUUACUACCUUUUAAUGUUAUUUCCUGUUCCCUGUGGAGAUUCCUGGGCUCAUUUUGGGAGUUUCUCAAAGGGAACUGCAAAGACGGAGAGGAAAACCCUGUCUGCCUUUGUUGGAGUAAAAGACACAAGAUCCCUUCUUGGAUCAUUCAACUAAAGUCGAGGGUUCGCAAAACAAUGACUGACCUUUGACCUCAGCUACAACUAUAUCAGAUGUAUCCAUCAUUUAUUGGCCUGGGGGGGUUUGUGCAUUCCCGCAGUUGAUCAAUAUUCUCAGAUUAUGCCUGGUCGUAGGAGGGGCGGUGUUCCUGGUGGUGUUUCUCGAAACGUUCUGACUGACUGAGACUCGAGAGGAGGGAAAACAAUGAAUUUUAACAAAUGUUUUCGUAGUAAAAAGUAUAACUUUGUUGAUGUUACCAGUCUUUUAAUAGCGGUACGAUUAUUACUAUUUUUUAUAUUUUUUAGAGUAAGUUGACCAUAAAAAGCAGUAUCUCUCUUGGAUUGGCACUAGCCUUGAGAGAGUGGCUGAACUACCACUUUGUAAUAGACGAGAGGAGAGGGUGCGGUCAGGAUAAAAACUAAAACCUGAAAAGCAACUUCAUCAGUUUUUUGUUCUGAGUUUUUUGCACUAUAAGUUUACAUGUGCUGUCACUUUAGCACACCUGGGCAAAGACACAUUGAAAAGGGACCAGGGGUGUAUUUAUUUUUCCUCUGAAAACCUUUGAGAUAACACCAAAACAAAAUGAAUACAAGUGCACAAUGAGAUUUUCAACACACUCUUGGACUCUUGCAACAUGUGUUUUGCCCUGGUGGUGAACAUCUUCUUUUCUGUCCGUUUUUACGCCGCUGGGUGAUUUUUCGAAAAGUCCUUCUGAAACUUUACGAACAGAAAACUCAUAUUCCAGCUGCAUUAUUACACUGCAUGAGAAAAUAAAUAAAGUUUACUGACUUGUAGUCAAAGCUAAUCUAUGACGUUGGAUUUGGCUAGAAUACAAUUGUCCGUUAUGUUGUCAAAAGUUGAGUAAAAUGCCAUUAAACCCUUUAUCAAUUUAAUUUAUUCUUAUGCACCUUUAUCAAAAAUAUAUAAUUGAUCAGGCUUUGCUAAAGAAAAAUGCUAAUUGAUUUAUGACAGACAUUCAUAUCAUAACACCUCAGGUUGAUUUCACUUUUUCAUUUCAAAGUGGGGUAAAUAAUGUUAAAUGUAGUUAAAAGGACCAGACUUUUGGUUUGAGACAAGCUUGGCGAAGAUGCCAAUAAUACAAAAUAAGUUUAAGCCUGCAACAAACCUUCAGUCUUUGCAUUUUACCAACUGAACAAAGAGAUAUAUUCAUGCAAGAAUAUAUUACAAAAUACACGUCAGGCUUUUUAAUUCCACAAAUAACGUUUUUCCUCUCAGUGGAUUAAUGCUACUGUAAGAACUAUACAACGACUUUUUUGACAAAUCACCCACUAUCAUUAUCUAUCCUAUCUGGUUUGGGUUUGGAUCGGCCAAACACAAGAUCUUAAGCCAAAGUCUCGAGGCUAAAUGAGCUAAAGAUGUUUGAGGUGUCGACCAGCCAUGACCAGAUUGUGAUCAACUCAGCACAUUUUACAUGUUUAAUUUAUGAAAAGCUUCAUCAUUUUUGCAUUAGAUCAGUCACCAGUGUCGUGGAAAAACGUUGUCUUUGAAACACAAACCUAUGCAGCUACUAUUUGUAUUAUAUGUUUCAAAAUAUUAGUCAGAAACAAUUGAGCUAUUUCAGAUUGAAAUCCAGACAAGGAGCAACUUUCCUAUUACUUUACAAGCUCAAUCUUGCUUAGACCAAAAGUUAUAGUUACUGUCAUUGGAUAACUGAGAAUGAACAACAAAUGCUCAAGACUCAGUGCCAUAACUUUGUUCCAAAGCCCCAUUAUUCCAAACCCCAAUUGUUCGAAAAAUGUCCUGUUGACAUGACCGGAGACCCAUUUGUAAAGAGCCCAGAAUCCCAAAAAUAGAGACGCAUUUUUUAGAAAUAGAAAUAGGAUUUUGUAAAUGCUCCAUUGGAAAAACAGGCCAUUGGGAAAAUGUGCCAUGAGGAAAAUAGCCAGGGUUUGUCUGUGUUAAACCAAAAUAUACCUAGGAGUCAUUUAAAGAUGGCCGCUGCUGAGCAAGUUUUCCAGAACACUGAUGUGACGGCGCUUGAAGCUUUUAUGUUUCCUCUAAAUUCUACGAAGAGUUUCUUUUCAGAAGCGAAGGAACAAAUUGAUAAACUCGGAUUCAUAUUUAGACUUUAUUCACAAGUUUCAUUUGUUAUUAAAAAAAAAAAAAAUGUAUGCACGGUUUUACAAAUGAUCUUUCCUGGGGCAGGUCAACCCAGAGUAGGCCUACAGUUGUAUAUACAGUAUACAUAUUUUAGCGUAAAAAUGAUCGAUAUCAAAGUGAUAUCCCAUUUUGAAAAGAGACUCUUCUAUUCAAAUCACCUUGUUAUUUAUUUAUUUAUUGAGUUUUUUUCAGAUUGAUUGCUUUAUUUUAUUUAAGAUUUUUUAAUUAUUUUGGCACGCUUUAGCUGCAUCCAGAAAGAUUUCGAGCGAGACAGCUCUUUAUCCAUUUUGCACAGAGAAACAAAAAGAAAGGGGGGGGGAUAAUGGCGCGUCUAGCAAUAAUGGUUUGCCGAUACCCUUUCAAGUGGAAAACAUUUGACUUCACUGAAGUUUUCUCACUGUAUGAAUCUGAGGAGUAAUGAUUGCCACAAAAACACGAUGUACACACAGGUGCAUACAGUGUCACCAGGCCGAUGUGAAGCAGUGUUUGCGCUUGUUUUUAUUAAGAUGAAGUGUCAAAGUGUGUGUGUACAGUCUGCUUUGAUCUCAAUAUUUCGAACAACCUCUCUCUCUCUGUCUCUGUUGUCGUGGUCACCCGAGGGAUAUUUACUAAGCGCUUUACUAGACUUUAGAAAAGUAACAAAAAAAAACAAAAAAAAUCAGUUUUACUGGCACCGUCUGGACUCUAUUUCUACUAGAUUCUAUUGAGAAUAGACAACCAUAUAAACUAGGUAAAUACUUAAGACACUGCUGAACUCUGCUGUGAGGCGUAUUUCAGGUUGCAGUUGUGCUGAAGGGCUUUUCAGUAGCAAUAGACCCAGAGUGUGCCUGCUACAUAUGACCCCACACCCCAAGCCAUGCUCUCAUUGGUUGACUGAUAAAGUGCUUGAUUGGCAGACUGGUUGAGGCUUUGAUUUCUUGACUGGCAGACUGAGUGAUUAUUUGACUGGUCGGUUGGCUGAUUUAUGAAAUUAUUCUUAUGCUUUUUGAUAUUGAACGAGGUUCGUCCCCCUCUAUCACCGCUGUGACUCUUCCUCGUAAAGUUGUCCAACAAACAGCACAGAGAGCUGAUUGGCUGAUUUGGUUCUCUAUUUUUUACUUAAAGGUCAAAAAGCUUCAGAUUUGCUAAAGACUACAGGAAAAAAAAGUGCAUUUUGCCCCUUUUUUUUGGAUUUAGGGGAUUUUUUCUCGCAGUACUGUGAGGGGCCAAUGGUGGAAAUUGGCAGCUUAAAAGAGUACUUAUUUAUUUAUCAGUUACUCACCUAGUUUCAUUUUAAUGCAUGGAAGAAAGUUUUGCUUUUCUCACAUCCUAACACGAACAAAGUUGUGUGGAAUUGAAGUGUUGUGGCCAAGUUCAGCAACUUCCAAACUUUCUUAAACACAUGCAUUUGAACUUAAAUCUUGCUAUUCAAAAACACUUCUGCACAGACAGUCUAAUGCACAGACUUGCAGCGACCUUGCACAACAUAAAACACAAGUUGAAGAAGAGUUUCAAAUGAUAAGAUUUAAGUAAAAUGCCUGUUUUGGGGAAAUAGUGAGCAUAUAACGGGAUUAAUAAGACCUGGAUAAUAAUACAGUCCUGAAGUGUUUGCAAGUUUGUAAACAUAUGCUAAAGAUUUGCUUUUGUUAAACCUGGACUUGAUCUAUUUCCAUUUCCCGUUGAGGCAUGUGGGAAAAGCAACGUUUUUUCAAGUAUUAAUCGUAACACACGUUGAGUAACUGAUUAAAAUGGUCAUUUUAAGGUUAAACUGUUCCACUCUAUCUCACAAUGUCACUUCUUAAGCAACAGCAGAGGAACAAAAUGCACAACGUUGGCCUCCCAGUGUAACUUUAGUGAAUCUGGAACUCUAGACUCUGGUUUGCACUGAGCACAAAAACACAGUCAACAUUUACUGUCAGUAUCAGGGCAGUACGUGGUACAACAUCAGCUCUCCGUACAUGAACUGCACUCUGACGACUCACUACUGGCGGGAAAAACCUUCAAAAUAACCCCCGACAUGUCACUGUCACUUUACUUUCUGUUGCGAUUUGGACGAAUUAAAGCAAAAAACUCUUAUUUUGGAGGAAAACUGCCACCUUUGCUCUGAGCUUCGGGUCGGUCCAUGUGGUGCUACCAAGGGGUUCGGAAGAGUCCAAAUUAAGAUUGGAGGGGGGGGGGGGGGGAGUGUUAAAACACAAACUGAGAAUCUGCCUUCUUUUACCCGUUUCAAAACCAAAAGCUGCUUUGUCACCUUCAAAAUAAAACGAUCUGCGGAAUCAACACGGAGGAAAUGCACAGAAAACAAGUUUCAUUGUUCAUUAUUAUUACUAUUGUUACUAUAAACUGUGUGAUAAAUGCAAUACAACAGUUAUGUAAACAGGCAGUGAGUGAUGCUGUAUCUAAUUUACAGAAUGAGGAUAAUAACGAUGAUGUUUUUACUGUUUUUCGUCGUCAUUAAUUUGCUUUUUUCCAAGCGUUCUCUCACUGCUUAUUAACCACGUCGCCCCGUUUACACUGAGCUGGUUUCACAACAGUUGUUCAAAUCUCUCUGGCUUCAUAUCAGUUCCACAGAAACCUCAUAUCUCAAGAAAGAUGCCUUUUUUCAGAUUAUGUCAAAUGUUACCGCUCCUGACACCUCGUGAAUUGUCCUUAUUCCAGCAAGAAAAUUGGGGAAAUUCAUCAAAAAUGUCUACAAAAAGCGAAUGGAAAAAUAUAAAAAGUUGGAGAUAAGAGGUUUCUAGAAACAAACGGUUUGCUGUGGUUUUUGCUGAAAAUGCAGAUGCACAUUAUAUUUGGAGGAUGAAAACCUUGUAAAUCAAAUAAUAAUUCAAUUCUCCAUCACUGAGAACUGAAUGCUUAAAAAAAAAGUAUAUUUCCAAAACAAGUUACUAGGUUUUCCUCCGACCUCUCGCUCUGCAGCCGUUGUUAAAGUUGUGUGAAACCUCAGUGUAAAGAGGGCGGACGCCGUGCCUCAGUGACCCCACCUUGGUGUUUUAGAGACAAUAAUAAUAACUACAAUGAUUAUGAUAUGAAUAUAUAUAUAUAUAUAUAU